CAACAGAAGAACGAAACAAAAAAUGACUUAAGCCUACAUAAAAUCAAUAAAACAUAUAGACUUGAUCAUCUCAUAGCGCACACAGUCGUAAGUAAAUCUAUCGAUAACGGUAGCCGGUGCAGCCCUGGGCAUAAGAAAAGUUUUUAGAAGAUAAAGUUUGAGAAAAGCAUGGAUUUUGAGGCUAAGAGUCUGGGCGACUACGAUCUGGGCAGAAAGGUGGGCGCCGGAUCCUUCGGGGACAUCUUCCAGGCCACGCACUUGAGGUCUGGUCUCCGAGUGGCCCUAAAGCUAGAGCGCCGAGAUGUCGUCAAUCCGCGAUUGUUCUUCGAGUACAAACUGUAUAUAACUCUGAGCCAAGGAGAGGGAAUCCCGCGGGUCUACCGUUACCACACCACGAACCUGUACAACGUGAUGGCGAUGGAGCUAUUGGGGCCUUCGCUGGAGGAGCUGUUCAACCAGUGCCAGCGUCGCUUCUCCCUGAAGACGGUGCUCAUGCUGGCGGUGCAGAUGCUGGAGCGACUGGAGUACUUGCACUCGCAUCGCUUCGUGCACCGCGACAUCAAGCCGGACAACUUCGUGAUGGGACGCGGUGCAGCCAGUCACCGUCUCUACCUCAUUGACUUCGGCCUGGCCAAGCAGUACUGGAACAUGGACGAGGACAGGCAUGAGCGGUUCAGUGUGAGGAGCCACCUGACCGGUACCCCCCGAUACGCCUCCAUAAAUGCCCUGCGUGGAGGCGAGCAGUCACGGCGGGACGAUAUCGAGUCCAUGGGCUAUGUCCUCAUGUACUUCCUCAGGGGCAGUCUGCCCUGGCAGGGACUUGCGGCCAACAGCAAAAAGCAGAAAGACGAGAUGAUCACCGAGAUGAAGCUGUCCACAAAACCGGAGGUCCUGUGCCAAGGCUAUCCGGAGCAGUUCUACCACUUUGUCGCCUACAGCCGGGACUUGGCCUUCGAGGAGGUGCCAUACUAUCAGUACAUUCGGUACUCCUUUAUGAAACUGAUGAACGAGAACAAGUUCACCGACGACAAGAUCUACGACUGGGACAUCCUCAAGAAUAACGUCCUCGAGGCCGUCCAUUUGAAGGAAAAGAAGGAUCUGAAGGAUGAGCCCCAACUAGAAGACGAAUAGGACUGAGAACCAUAUACACAUGUUAAAUAAAAACGUCCGGCUUUUCCGGUGGCCUGUCACAAAUGCCAAUUUAAAAUACACAAGCUGCCA